AUGACGUAUACGACGUUAGGGGCUUUAUUAGCACAAUAUGUGCUCACACGGGGAAUAGGGGAGGAUGCAAAAGCAUAUACGACAAGUUUAUGGAAGGAUAUCACAGCGCUACUUGACAAAUUUGUGGCAAGUUUGGACCAUGAGAACCUAGACCAGUAUGCAGCUAAUUGUUUGAACGCGGGUUAUUGGAGUGAGAGCAGAGGAGUCACACUUAUGGCAAAGACAGUCGCGGAUAGACUAAUGUGCACACUCAUGACAGGAGCAGUAUUUUUCAUGAAUGGGCCGCGUACGCAGUCCGGCGGUUCGCAAACUAACGACACUCAUAAUGAAGCGUUGAAGGAACAUAUAAGGUGCGCAAUAGUAAAUAUAUUUAUGUACAUAUUGCUGGAAUCUCCAUGCAAAAGUCGAAUGGGUGUAAAUUAUGCAUGGUACACCAUGAAACAGCUGGAGGAAGGUGCGCCUGGAUUAAUUACAACGGGCAACUGCCAGAGGGGAGUGUUUGCAGAUAUACAAAUCAAGGACUUCAACAUGGAGCAAAUGAUUAAGGCAUGGUUAAAGCGCCACCCGAGCUUGACUGACAAAUUUGCAGGGAAACGCAUAGAAAGCAUAUGUACGAAAAGAUUAGCAGAACUUGACGGGGCAACGCAGGAUGGACAGGCCAUGCCUGACAACACAGACCUGAGGCCAGAGGAGAAAACAGUUAUACAGAAAUUAGGCCAAAAAUUGAAGAACAUAGUUGAGGAGGUAAAGACGGGGGUAAUGCAAUGCGCGCUCGACCCUGGAGCAUGCAUGCAGUCUAUCGAAGCAGUCACCGGUAGAAAUCGAGAGGGUGAUGACAGUGAGGGAAAGGCAACCAAAUCUGUAGCGAGCGAUAAACCAGCACCAAACGGAGCGGAAGGUGAGGACCCAGGGGAGAAAGAAAUAAUACGACCCGAUACGUAUCGUAUUGCUCAAUAUGGAAGCCGCCACAACAAAACACGGCUGGAACCACACGUACAGGCGGGCAGGAAAUGA